CUCCUACCACCGCCAUCUUGCAUUUUCACGGACAACAUCAUCUAUAUCUCACAAACUCAACGAUAUGGGCACGGCGUACACUGCGAAGGGAAAGGCCCUCAACCUCUUCCAAAAGGUGGAGAGGCUCUUUGAGAAGGACAAAGGCUCCGAGCCAACGUUGAACGAGGCGCCGCGGCCAUCAAAUGCCUCGCGACCGUCGAACGCGUCGCGCCCUUCCCGCCCAGAGAGCUCAAAGCCAGCGAGCGGGGACAACCUCGCUGAGAGCAUGGAUGUGCUCAACCUAGGUAACGCAGGCCCGCCCGGCCGCCGACCGCUGGGCCCGCGCACCCAGUUUCCCGCCGGCCCUCAGUACGACCCCCAGGCCGCCCCUCCGCCACCGCAGCCCGAGGCACCCCCACGCGUCGAACACGCGUACGCGCCACCGCCGCCCAUGCUCAUGAGCAUGCCCGUCCCUACCCACGUCCAGCCCCCUCAUGCCAACUCCGCGCCCAAUGUUUAUCCCUACGCUCAUGCCCCGCCACCCUCCAAUGGUCCCGGACCCCUGCCCCGACCGCCCGCGAUGCCUGCGCCAUAUGCAACGUCGCAGCCGAAUCCGUAUGCGUACGGGCAGCCCGCGACGCAACAAUCGCUGACCAUGCAACACGCGAUGCAGCAGCCGCAGCAGCGACCCAAACCCUAUCCCUAUGCAUACGCACCAGGCCACCGCCCCGCUGCCUCGACGUCGCUCCUUCCCAAUCCUUCGCCUGCCCCGCUCGGCACGCCCUCACCUGCGGGUACUCCGUCACCUGGACAGCAUGCAAACGGACACCCUGCGACGCCUGUGCGGCCCUCAGGUGAUGCGCAGGGAUCUGCGACCCCGCCUGCUAAGAAGAAAUCACCGGGAAGUAAGCCUAACCGACCACGCGCAUCGUCAGAGCCGCCGGAGGACUCGAAGCCCAAGAAGGGUGCAGCGUCAGGAAGUCAAGUGCAGUGCUCGGGGGUGACUAAAGCGGGGGCGCGGUGUACGCGGAUGGUGAAGUCGGGGCCUGCGCUGGCGUCGAUGAGGGGCUCCGGGUCGUCUGAGGAUGACGACGAAGAGGUCCUGCGAUUCUGCUUCCAGCACUCGAAGGAGGUGCUUCAGCCGACGGGAUUCUACGCUAGGAAGAACGGGGCGUGGGUAGACUUCAAAGACUGGAUCCCCGAAUAUCUCGAGCCCGACACGAAAGUCGCCCUCCGCGCCGAGAUGGAGAAGUCGCGCACAUUGUCAGAUGAACCAGGCUACAUCUACACGUUCGAAAUCCGGGAUCCCAGCUCCCCGUCGACGAUCAAGCUGAAGGUUGGCCGCGCGGUCAACCUUAACAAGCGCAUCGACCAGUGGGGCAAGCAGUGCUCGAGCAAGGAGCAGGUCCUGCGGGGAUGGUAUCCUGGGAUCGUGGAGCCUGACGAUUCCGACCACCCCGUCCCCGACGGCGCCGUCUCCCUCAUGAAGGGGCGCGUACGGCCAGGCGCCAAGGGCGCAUGGUGUCACCGCCUCGAGCGGCUCAUCCACCUCGAGCUCGCCGACCUCGCACUAGGUCAGGCGUACCUCGACCACCAUUGGCCGAAUGUCGAUAAACCUACGGGUAAUGCCGUAGGCGCGAAUGGUAUGGGCAACGGCGGUGGGAAAUGUGCGGAUUGCGGGCAAAUCCACAAGGAGAUCUUCGAGUUCGUACGCGUGCGGAAGGGGAAGUACAAGGGGAAGGAGUGGGAGAGUAUAGUGAAACCCGUCAUCGAGAAGUGGGGCGCGUUUGUAGACGCGUAUGUGUAAGAGCGUUCGUGCUCUUCUCAUGAUGAGGACUUCGACUAGGGCAGCGGCCCGGAAAGGUGUUUUGCAUAUUAUUGCGGACAUGUAGCACGUAUUUAGUCAUUGUAUCAAUGCAGCUAUGUACCUUCAUGGGUAGUAUCGAUAUUUCAUCGCGAGCAGAUUGCUC